AUGGUAUGCGUCGACUGAAGUGGCUCGAAUUAGUAUGUGUACAGCGAUAAGUUCGUGCGGUUAUGCUGUUGAGCCGCGGUUGAAUCGGAGUGAGUCGUCUGACGCACGGUCGUGCUUAUCAAUCGUGGUGAAUCGCGAUAACACGAAACGUCAAAGUACGAGCCGUCCUGACGAUAAGACCGAACCCGCCGUCGUGAUGCGCGAAUUUUGAAAACGGAGACGGUGGAGACACUGUUGCUUUUCAACUGUACGAUCUUGCGUAGCCCAUGUGUCUUGUACGCGUCUUUUCACCACAAGGAAAUCGCGGAUACGUUGCUUUCAUUUUAUCAUCCAAGUAUCUUACUCCACCGACGUAGUACGCGACCACGUCAACGCAAUGAGUUUUCCUGUUCAGGAUCGUCAACUUUCUCGACACGGGAACAGACGCGCGUGCUAACGCGAGUGCAAGAGAGAGAGGGAGAGAGAGAGAGAGGGAGAGGGAGAGGGAGUGAGAGUGAGAAAGAGCAGAAGAAAUGUGAGAAUUCGGAAGACGCUUUUAACGGCACGAUUCAACGAGGCCACGUGGACUACGUCAGCAGCCAAAAAAAAUAUGUGCCAGUAUGUCCGAGGACGACACGCAGGAAGCAACCAGCGAGGAGAUCGGCAGACAGGGGUCCCUCUAUGUGUUCCCGAGUGCAGGUCACCCCAGGUGUGCAACGUCUUCGUCGUCCUCAUCGACGACGAUGAUGCCGCUUCAGCCGUCCUUUCUCUACAAUGGAACGGCGGACACUUCGACCUCGACGAGCACGAAUACGAGCACCACAAUGACGAUCAACAAUGUGACAGUAACCACCACGUUCACAAGGUCUGGCAAUGGCGACGAGGACGAGGAUGCAGUGGAGGAGGUGACGUCGCCUGCCAGGAGACGACCAUUUCCGAAGACGCAUGCGAGAUCGGCCAGCCACGGUGGUGUCUUGGCGGAUUGCACGACGGCAGGAUGGCAGACAACGUACGGAUCUUUCCUAGGCCCAUUGACGACAUUGAACAGCGGAAGCGCGACGGCCGCGGGUCGCCCAUCGGCAUUGAAGAAGCCGGGUCAUCAAAGAGCCUUCAGCCAGGGUCAGGUGGUGGACGUGCAAGGCCAAUCCGUAACGGGACACAACCGCGUUGGCUCCAGAACGGACUUCAUCCUGCCACCAGGUCACAGAGAGAACGGCAGCAGGCCAGCCACUGCCGGCAGGAUGCCUUCUUUUCGUGGUCAUUCACGUCAGGCGUCCAGAUCGGAAUCUAUAUACACGAUAAGACGUAGCGUCGCGCCUCCUUGGUGGAGGAGGAUAUGGGCCCAUUGUUUCGGUCCAUUGCUAGAAGAGCCUCGUUUAAGGACAAUAGUGCCGAAUCACUUAGUUCCUCCAAAGACGCCAGCGAGUCAGCAUCCUAACAGCGGUAGGAUGGACAACAGAGUACGCACAACCAAGUAUACGGCACUAAGUUUCCUACCUCGCAACCUGCUGGAGCAGUUCCAUCGCGUGGCGAAUCUAUAUUUUAUAUUCAUCGUGCUGCUCAACUGGGUACCAGCUAUAAACGCCUUUGGUAAAGAAGUCGCUAUGAUCCCGGUGAUCUUCGUCUUAGGUGUCACCGCUCUCAAGGACUUUUUCGAGGACCGCCGGCGUCUCGCUAGUGACCGGCGUGUGAACAAUUCCACUUGCCGCGUUUACGUUAGGUAAGUACAACGAAUAGUCGACCGCAGUAGUCGGUCGAAGCCGCUGUUAGCAUAGUACAUAAAUAUCGUCCAAGUGCAGCCGUCUUCGCUCUCCUUUCCUUUCUCUCACUAUCCGUCACGAAAAAACGUUCAAAGAUACGUCCAAUUUUACGACUUUUAUAAAAAUGUUAAUACAAUCUUACGCGCCUAGUCGCACACUGGCUGAUUGUACAUAUA